AUGACACUUUUAGUAAGCACCAAACCAUGGACAUCAAUUAAAUUUCCCGUUUUACAUUUUGAUGAUCGAUCUUACCGAUUUUAUGCUAAAUAUAUAUGCAGUAAUGAGUUUACUGAAGACCAAGUGCUUUUAACUGGAUGGGAAGAAGAUGUGGCCAAUAUUGCUGAGAAAAUUAUUGAAGAGCAAAGCCCUAGGCAGUUGUAUAUCAUUCGUGGGAAGUUUCAAAAUCUUAUUGAUCAUAAUGUAUCUCCAGAUUUCAUUUUCACAAGCCUGGUUGGAGAACUAAAGAAACGUCUGAGCAAGGAAUUUCAUUCCAAAAUCGACGCCUUCUUUCUAGAAUAUAAAAUGGACAUUGGUGGAGUUUUGGAUGGUGAGAAAUCAUCAAUACUGUUACACAGUCGAUAUAAAGAAUCAAAGGGCAAGGGAAACAUUGAUCUUGGGAAGGAUGUACAGCAUUUCAUGAUGAUAGAAGAGUUUACAGCAAAGUUUAUGAGCUACUACAAGGCUUAUACGAAGAAUAAGAAUUUAAAACUAAAAGAAAAGUUGUGAAAAUGCGAGUGAGUAAAGAACGUCGAUCCAGCUAUAAGGUACUCGAAACCUCGGUUUGGAACAUAUGCCCAAGUUUCAUCAGAUGCAUUUGUUCAAAAUAUCGCCAUUCUUUAUUCCAUAUACGUGAUAUAAUUAGAAUCAAUAGAGAAAAUGUAUGAAAAUUGUGUAUAACUAAGAGUAUAUAUGCAAAUGAAUACAAG